GCCGGUGAACCGGUAAAUCAACGUUCAAGCUGGGGUAUCAUUGCUGACCUUGAAGUGGCCCUCGGUGACCUCAAAAGUGGUUUAACUGCUGGCACCAGGACCCGUCCUCCUGCCCUCUCCACAGAAAAGCAACAUUUGCUUAGAAGAAGGGAUUGGCUGGAUUGGUUCUUUCUCACUCCUAUUAUCGAGUGGCAGAGCAAAGUCUCACCAAGCAAUUAUCGGGAGCACAACUAUGCGUGUCCCCGAGGAUGUCCAUUCACACUGGUUGAUGGCACCAUGUCUUCUCUCGUCUAUAUUGUUCUCGAGCUGCUGAUUGCGGUUUUGGCCGUCGCAGGAAAUGUUCUAGUGUGUUGGGCCGUCUGGCUCAACAGCAACCUUCAGAGCAUCACCAACUUCUUUGUGGUGUCGCUGGCCGUGGCGGACAUCGCCGUGGGGCUCCUGGCCAUUCCGUUCGCCGUUACCAUCAGCACGGGCUUCUGCAGCCAUUUUCAUGGAUGUCUCUUCAUCGCAUGCUUUGUGCUGGUGCUCACCCAGAGCUCCAUCUUCAGCCUGCUGGCCAUUGCUGUGGAUCGGUACAUCGCCAUCAAGAUUCCAUUGAGGUACAAUAGCCUUGUCACAGGCCAAAGAGCUAAAGGCAUCAUCGCAGUAUGUUGGACACUUUCAGUGGUUAUCGGUUUGACUCCCAUGCUGGGCUGGAACAGACGUGUGGCCACAAACAACAACAGUUCCUGUCAUCAAGGUAUGACCGAGUGCAUGUUCGAGAACGUGGUCACCAUGGGUUACAUGGUUUACUUCAACUUUUUCGGCUGUGUCCUGAUGCCCCUGUUAGUCAUGCUGGCCAUCUACGUGCGGAUCUUCAUGGCCGCCCGUCGCCAGCUCAGACAGAUGGAGCAGAAGCUGGUGCACGUGCAAUGGCACGCCCAAGGGGAGGGGUCCUCUUCACGGUCCAGGCUGCAGAGGGAGGUCCACGCAGCCAAGUCCCUCGCUAUCAUAGUGGGUCUCUUCGCUAUCUGUUGGCUCCCGUUACACAUCAUUAACUGUUUCACGCUGUUCUGCCCACAGUGCGACCGCCCGCAGGAGUGGGUCAUGUACCUGGCCAUCAUGCUUUCACACGCCAAUUCGGUUGUAAACCCGUUUAUUUACGCCUACCGAUUACGUGACUUUAGGCAUACUUUCAGAAGGAUCAUCCGACAGCAUUUUCUAGGGAAUGAAAACAGACUGUCUAAUGGUAACAGUAACGGCGGCAUGGUUGGGUCUUCGGCUGGGGUCAGCGUGAUUGACACUAGUACAAUGUCAAAUGGAUAUGUUUUGGAGACCAGUCCCAUCCACAGCGUGAUUUCCUGCAAUGACUUUGGAAUUACAAAGGAAAUACCCUUGAAUAUCAGGCAAAUGAGGUCACAAACAGAAUUCCAAGAUUUAGGUUACGGUUUAAAUGGACAUCACUCAGUUGAACAUUCCUUUCCUGACAAUUCAAAGCAUGUUUUCUCAGGACAGAGUGGGAAUGAAAAACCCUCCAUCAGAGACCAUGUAGAAGUCAUGACUGUAAAAGACUGCAAUGCUAUAACUAAUGUACAUAUCAGGUGUCUGUUACCCACAAAAACAAGCAGCCCAUCCGAUCUCACACAAGUAUCAUGACUCAAACGUUCUUUAUUCCAAAAAAAAGAAGCAGUCCUCCCUGUUUCACAUUUUUGCCAACAGAGGCUUGUCUUACUUCAAAUCUAGUUAGUGAUCAUUAAAAAUAUGUGUCAGUUGUUGUGUGAGUUAUGUGGUUUACCCACGUUACAGGACUAUCCCAGGGUCAUGACUGGCAAACUCUGAUCCAAAAUGAUGAUAUAUGUACUUAUACAAAAUGAUGAUAUAUGUAGGUUUAUUUUAUUGUAUUGUAUUUCUUAAUUUUGUUAUACCCAUAGGCCCUUAUUUAAAUGAUUGUGUACUGUAUUCUAUUGUGUUAUGAUCUCUGUGUACUGUUGUUGCUGUUUCUGUGUUCUUGAUGCUCCUGUCACCAAAACAAAUUCCUUGUAUGUGCAAACAUACUUGGCAAUAAAGCUCUUUCUGAUUCUGAUUCUA